GACAGAAUACAGAUAUACAACACUUGGGGGAGCUAGUGAGUGAGAAAUAUUGUGCCUAGUUCAGCAUUCUACGCGUAAUUUUGAUCGCAAAACAAUUAGUCUCGUCAUAGCUUCAGUUGCAUGCGGUAUUGAUCGUUCACUAUUUAAAAAGCUGAGAUUUCAACUGAAUUUCCAAAGAAACAACAAUGAGUCCACCCAAAAUAUCUAUUGGCGGGCCAUCUUCGGAUAGUGUAAUAGAAAGAAUAAACUCUAAUUCGUCGCAUUUUAGAUGGAAAAUAAAAAAAUUCACAGAAAUCAAUAAAACAGCUGAUGUUUGCGUGCGAAGUCCAAGAAUUACUGCAACGUGCUGCAAAGUAGAGUGGUGUUUACACUUCUAUCCGAAUGGUGUUAGAUCUGGAAAAGGUGAUAUGGCAGUGUCUGUAGAAUAUUUCUCCGAAGCAUCUAACGUGCCUGUCAUUUUAGAAAUAUCCUUUGAAAAUGCAAAAAGACAAAUUUUGGAAAAUUAUACAGUGAGAAGAGAAAUUGUUAUAUCAAUGAGAAAUCAUCCAGAAAAUAAAGGAUCACCUAGAUCACCUAGUAAGCUUUCGAAGUCUCCUGUUACAUUUGAUUAUUUUCCAGCUAAAAGACAAGUUAUCGAAAAUCCAGAAAACGAAUCACCAAUAUUGACGAGGGGCGGCUGUUUGUCAAUAUCAUUUAAAGUCAUUUACAACGAUCACCUAUUUGCGAAAAAAACUUCAAGAGAGGUCGCGAACUUGAAAAAUGUUAUCGAGUUCGAGAAAAUUUUUGAUAAAGGCCACUUCAACGAUGUUAUAUUUUUUAUUAACAACAACAUAGAACCAGAGAAACAAAUUGUAGCACAUAGAGCCAUUCUCUCGCACCGUAGCCAAGUUUUUUUGGACAUGUUUGCGAGAGAUGUCCACGAGAAUAAAGCAAGCAUUGUAACGGUUUCUAACUGCUCUUAUCAAGUAAUGCUGGAGUUAGUGAGAUUUGCGUAUACGGACUAUGUUCGUGAAAUUGACGAUAUAGUAUGUGAAUUAUACAAGGCCGCACACAUGUAUAGCAUCGUAGACUUGCUAGCGGUGUGCGAAAGCUGUAUCGUGCGUACCUUGAAUGUCAAUAACGCCAUCGAGUGUUUGAUGGUGGCCGAUCAUUGUAAAGUAGAUGAGUUGAAAAACCACGUAUUGAAAUUUGUUGUGGAUAAUAUUAGUAACAUUGUUCACAAAACAAACUUUCCUUUGUUGAGCUCUCCAAUUAUUUGUGAAAUAAUGCGUUGCGUGAUUCCAAGAACUUAGAAUUGAAUUUAAAUUAUUCUCAACUUACGCAAGUUAAAACUAGAAAUAAAAUAUCGAAGAUAGUCAUAUUUAUAAGAAAUGUAUUGGCCUUUUCAAUGUAAUUUAAUACUGAAAAUUUUGUAAAAGUUUUUAAAGGAAAUGUUUGUGGUGUUUUAGCUUUAUAAUCAUUACUUAAAAGAUAAUCAAUUAUUUAUAGAAUGUUCAAUAACCGAACAAU